AGUCCACAGUCCUAUAUGAUGAAAGCAGAUCAUUCAACCUGUCGCACAAAUAAAAGCUGGUCAGACAUUCAGAAAGUGAGACGUCCAGGACAAGAGGCUGACUACAAGAUGGAGAAACUCUUGCUUUUGAUGGUUGUGUUUGCAACAUGUAAUGCAGAACCCCAAGAUCUGACAGGCAAAGUGUUUGUCUUCCCCAAGGAGAGCACCAAAGAUCACGUGAAACUCCUGACAUCUAAAACUGAAUUCAACGCUGUGACCGUCUGUCUCAGGUUUCAAACAGAUCUCACCAGGAACUACGCACUCUUCUCAUUGUCUACUCCCACUCACAACAAUGAAUUUGUAAUCUUUAAGACCAAUUCAGGAGAUGUCUUAAGGAUACAUGCUCGGGAUCCAUUUGCUGAAUUUCUGUCAUUGUCAUUCGUUCCAAACACCUGGCACGCUAUGUGUGCCACUUGGAGCUCCGACAAAGGGAUAGCUCAGCUGUGGUUGGACGGUAAGCCGACCAUCAGGAGAUUCAUCCAAACUGGGGCCAUAACUGGAGCACCCAUCACCAUCCUGGGCCAGGAGCAGGACAGCUAUGGCGGGGGUUUUGAUGCAAAUCAAUCUUUCCUUGGUAUGAUUACUAAAGUCCACAUGUGGGACAGUGUCAUCCCCGCCUCUCAGAUCAAACGUUAUAUGGAGGACAAGCACUUCACUCCAGGCAAUGUGUUCAACUGGAGAGCCUUGGACUUUGAAAUCACUGGACAGGUUGUGGUGGAUGAGGAGACAGAAGUUAUGUAAUUCUGUGUAAAACUGCAACUAAAUCAUGAGUCAAACAACCGUUACGUUCUCUACGAAUAAAAUCUUUUCCUACAUUUGCAA